AUGACCGCCCGCGGAUGCAGAAAUGUCAGCCGUGCCUCCCGCGCCCCGGCCGCAGAGCUGCGCCUGAAGCGCGGCAGCCCUGGCCCGCGGAGGGGCUCACCACCAGCCGGCCUUCCUAGCCCCCCACCCCCCCGGACCGCCCUGCGUCCUCUGAGACCCCCCCCCGGAGAAGCCAAGGGUGGGGGAGACGGGGGUGAGCUGCGGGGGGGCGCCGACCGCCACCAAGAGCAGAGGGACCUCUGCCCACGGCGGGAGGACGGCGCCGGGCCCCACCCUCGCGGCCGGCCCCGCCCCUCGGCACGCCACACAGAUGCACCACCACAUGCUUUCCUCCAGUGCGCACUCAGCCCCGGACCCAAGCUCGGGAGAGCCAGGGACUGCCGGCCCUCUCAGGGGCCUCCACCUGCUCCAGGCUGCCAGAGAAAGACGCGCUCGGCGGCCCGUCCAGCAGUGGGGGGCCUUGGCACAGGGAUGUCCAGCGAGGGGCCGGGCAGCCCCAGAGCCUGGCACCUGCGGCGACGCAGGACGCAGCUGUUGACUGAGCAUGCAGUGCCCGCCCCGGCCGGCCCCAGUGGGGGCGAGGAAGCAGGACCCCAAGCCCACAGGCCGCGCCCCUGUCAGCCACGGGGGACGGACCUGGAGGACCCGGAGGACCCGGAGGACCUGGAGGGCGGGGCCCUGGAGGAAGAUUUGGUGGGAGGCGAGACCCCCGCCACGGCCGCACCGCCCUCCCACCUGGUGAAGCCCGCCGGCCCGUGGCAACCUGGCUCCCCCACACCGCACAGUCGCAGACCCCAGGCAGCCUCGCCAGACCCCGGAGUAGAAAGCAAGCUGGUGGUGGGAGGACACGGUGAGGCUGCCCGGCCCCCGAGCCCGCCCCCACUCUGGCCCUGCGGGGGGCACCGGCGCAGACUGAGCCCUCGCUGGACAUCACCGCGCCACCAACCCCGCUUCCGCGCAGAGCCUGGCGCUGUCCCCAGCCUGGGGAUGCAGAGGACCGGGCCGAAGGCCCCCGCUGAGGGCCCUGGGGCCUGGGCCGCGGGCCUCACGCGUGUCUGCCCGCAGCACACAGAACCACCCGGUGGCCGCAUUCCUCCUCCCGCAUCCACCCACUCAGCACCCCUGGCACGGUGCCCCUGGCAGGUGACCUCGCCGUGGCUGGAGGGUGGAGGGCAGGCUGGGGUCCUCCAGAAGGGCUCGCGGGACAGAAGGCGCUGUCUGCCCUCGAGCCUGGGCCAAGGGCACGCAUCACCCGCUGUGCCCGGCCGUGGGGAGGCUUGCUGCUGGGCCCGGGCGGAAGCCCUCGCUUGGGGCCUGGGCCACCCUGGGAACACUGGUGAACCAGGCCUCACAGGCCGCUCUGCCCGCGAGACGGCUCAGGGAGAGCUGGCCAAGGCGGGUCCGAGGGCUGCUCGGCCCCCAGAGGGCCCGGGGGUGAGAGCAGGAGGGGCGGAGCCGCCCGUGCCUGGGGUCUCUCCCAAACGCACCUUCUGGAAAACCCACCCUUCCGCUGGGGACACCUCGGCUGCGCUGUGCGGAGGGGUCCCCCCGGCAGCCCACGCCUCAGACCUCAGGGCCGUGUCCUCCCGAGCAGCAGGCCCCGUCCUGGGCCCCCGUCUCCGGCUCCCUGCUCCCACGCUGAGCGGAGCGGUGGAGAGGACGGGGACCCGCCCGCCACUCACCCCAGGAUGCCCCUUGGCCCAGCUCUGGGCGCCCCUCGUGCCGCUGGCCCCUGUGGGGGUCUCAGGGCCCCCCCCGUGCCUGGGCCCUGUUCUCGGCGGGCUCGGGCUUUCUGAGCCGUGUGGACCCCUUCCCACGGGCCUCCCUCUCAUCCCAGCCCCUCCAGGGAGAAGACCCCGCCCAUCUCGCCUGCAGCCUCGGGACGCCCACGAGGCCUCAGUCCUGGACAAGCAGCUCACGGCCCUGGUGCGGAGGGGUGGGGCCUCACACAACGGGAGCCCCCUGCAGUCAGCAGGACCAUCGCAGGAGGAGACGGUGCUGCACCCUCAGGGAACCGGCAUCCGACACAAGACACAUCUCUCACAAGACACAUCUCUUCCCAAGACGACUGCCCCGGCCCAGCGCCCUCUGCGUGCGCAGUGA